UUUUGUAUUAGUGAUUCGAACGUCAUAUUUUCCUUAUCCGUGCUCAAGUUAUUAAAGUGUCAGUAACGUAGUCUUUUGUCAGUAAGUAUCAAGUUUGGUAGUGUGAACAACAUCGUGUUACCUUUAUCUAUGAGGAUAUUUCCCAAGAUUUAAGAUAAACCAGUAAGAUGUGGAUCCUAUCUUGUAUCCUCAUUUUGGUGGUUCCUGAGCCAGGUCUGUCGCUGCCUACUCCAGCUGAUGAUAUACCGGUGCCACACCUUAGGCUUUUACGAACCUUCGACUAUGGCUUUACGAUACUAUGGGAUCCAAUAGACACGACGAAUGUGAAAGAUCCAAUCAUUGGAAUAAAGGUGAUAACAUGGAAAACACCGUGCGUCAUAAAGACCUAUUAUAGGCUUUCAAAUAACGGAUCAUCAUUGGUUGUAGAAUCUGCCCAUGAGGACUACAACAGUACUACAGUCCCGGACAUUUUGCCAGAGUAUGUGACCAUCGUUAUGCCAGAUGAGCUGUCAGCAACGGUACAUAACAUUGAGCGGGCGCAGUGGUACCACGUCCGCGCGUUGGCCUUCACCACCACCGCCGAAGGGAAGCCUUCGAACUCGUACGAAUUUCAGCUGGGCUCUGAUGAUGAGAAAGAGAAGGAGAAGUCUUGCGAAAGAGUAAUAUCUGAGACGCCGUGUGAACAUAACGGUUUAAUUAAUCUACAGUCACCGGACUCAUGUUAGAUUCAAUACUAUUAAUGUAAUACAAACGUGCUCCUGAUUAUUUAAUUGAAUUUUAAAUUAUAUUCAUCUGUAAUUUCAA